AAACCUUUAAUUCAAUAAAGUUCAUUACAAUUUAUAUCACAAUAUGGCUUCCAGAUUUGUGGAAAUUCUUUCCAAAGUUGCUGUACCCGUAGGUGUUGCCGUUACUCUUGGCCAAUCAGCCAUGUAUGAUGUCCAAGGUGGACAAAGAGCCGUCAUUUUCGACAGAAUGAAUGGGGUUAAGGACACAGUUGUAGGAGAAGGUACUCACUUUUUGAUUCCAUGGUUACAAAAGGCCAUUAUCUACGAUGUUAGAACCAAGCCAAAGACCAUUGCCACUACCACCGGUUCUAAGGAUUUACAAAAUGUCUCAUUAACCUUGAGAGUUCUCCACAGACCAGAAGUUUUAAGACUUCCGAAGAUUUACCAAUCUCUUGGGUUGGAUUACGACGAAAGAGUUUUACCAGCUAUUGGUAACGAAGUGUUGAAGUCGAUUGUAGCACAAUUCGAUGCUGCUGAAUUGAUCACUCAAAGAGAAAUGGUUUCUGCCAGAAUUAGACAAGAACUUGCCAGAAGAGCCAAUGAAUUUAACAUUCGUUUGGAAGAUGUUUCUAUCACUCACAUGAACUUUGGUAGAGAAUUCACCAAGGCUGUUGAACAGAAACAAAUCGCUCAACAAGAUGCCGAAAGAGCCAAGUAUUUGGUUGAAAGAGCCGAGCAAGAGAAGAGAGCAAAUGUUAUCAGAGCUGAAGGUGAAGCCGAAAGUGCCGAAACCGUUUCCAAGGCCUUGGCCAAGGCUGGUGAUGGUUUGUUGAUGAUCAGAAGAUUAGAAGCAUCCAAGGAAAUUGCCGCAACUUUGGCCAAUUCUCCAAACGUCUCUUACUUGCCAAAGGGAAGUAGCGGUGGUGAAGGUGGAAACUCCUUGUUGUUGAACGUCGGACGUUAGUGUACAUAGAUAUAUAUAUAAAACCCCUUAAGAAACGAAACUUAC